UGCACGCAGUGUUGUCCCGAUCCGUGGAGGGAUUAAAUAGACAUCAGCGGGGGCAAUGUUUUCCAGGAGCCUGAACGUGUGCGUGAGCGUGUGCUUGUGGAUUACGGCGCUAACGAGCCCGGGAAGUGUGUCCGCGAGGAAGCAGGACGACUCUUUCUUCACUGCCAGCAUUUAUCGAGCGAGAUGCGCCUCGAGAUGCCUCAGUCUGCACAUCACUCGCAUCUCUGCCUUCUUCAAGCACUCCCAGAAUAAUGGGUCGCUGGUGUGGUGCCAGAAUCACAAGCAGUGCUCCAAGUGCCUGCAGCCCUGCAAAGAAUCCUGGGACCUGAAGGAGAACCAGUGCCAAGAUUUAUGCGAGCCACUCUUUCCCAAAAAGCACUACGAGUGUCUUACGAGCUGCGAGUUCCUAAAGUCGGUGGAGGGAGUGAAGCAGGGUGACUGCCCUGCGCCGGAGAAGGCCAGCGGCUUUGCGGCAGCCUGCGUGGAGAGCUGCGAGGAGGACGGAGAGUGUUCGGCGGUCAAGAAGUGCUGCUCCAACGGCUGCGGCCACACCUGCCAGCUGCCCAAGAAUCUCUACAAAGGAGUCCCCCUGAAGCCGAGGAAGGAGCUGGUGUUCCUGGAGCAGCCGUCGGGUCAGCUGGAGAUCCGCUGGUCUUCCAAGUUCAACAUCUCUGUGGAGCCCGUCCUCUACGUGGUGCAGCGCCGCUGGAACUACGGCAUCCACCCCAGCGAGGACGACGCCACCGAGUGGGAGACAGUGGCUCAGACUGCAGAGGAGCGCAUCCAACUGGCCGACAUCAGAGCCAGCAGAUGGUACCAGUUCAGAGUUGCAGCGGUCAAUGUCCACGGGACCCGAGGCUUCACUGCACCCAGCAAACACUUCCGCUCCUCCAGAGAUCCGUCCGCCCCUCCCGGACCCACCAGUCUGCGCGUUACCAACGUGACGCUGGGCGAAGACGGCUCGGUCACCGCUCGGCUCAACUGGACCCUGCCAGAAGAACCCGACAUUCCCAUCCAUCAUUACAAAGUGUUCUGGAGCUGGACCGUGCCCACCAAGUCCAUGGUGCCAUCCAAGAAGAAAAGGAGAAAGACCACCAAUGGGGGCCAGAGCUGGGUGGAGCUGGAGGGGCUGCAGCAGAACAGCAGUUACACCGUGGAGCUGCAGGCUGUCACAUACUGGGGACAGGUGCGCCUGAAGAGCUCCAAGGCUUCUCUCCACUUCACCACCCACCAGAAUAAUGAAUCAGCAAAAUCAGUGCUCAAGUCGAAGAAGGAGGAGAUAUCCCCUCUUGGUUCCACCCUAGCCAAACGUCCUUCUGGCCCUCUGGAGGUGGGCACGCCCUUCUACCAGGACGGCCAGCUGCAGGUCCGCGUAUACUGGAAGAACCGAGGAGAUCCCUCCGUGAGUCGCUACCACGUCCAGUGGAUGCCGGAGCACUGCAGCCAAAACGAAACCCGGGGACCGGAGAAAUCCGUCACGCAGGAGAACUACAUCAACCUCCCGGGCCUGCUGUUCUCCUGCAAGUACAAAGUCACCGUUCACAUGCUGAAGUCCAAGAGACGCUCCAAGGACGAGAGCACCACCUUCCUCACCCCAUCCUGCGCCACCAUCCGGAGCAAGACUCACAAACACAUCCCCUGCCCCGGGGAGGGAGCUCCGGGCCUUCCAAAAGUUUUGGCGAAGCCGGAGAAUCUCACCGCUUCCUUCUCCAUCAAUGAGGGAAACAUCACCGGCAACUUCCUGUGGCGAGUGUCGAGGGUCGCCCCCCACCAGCGGAUCACAGGCUUCCAGGUCACCUGGGCCGAGAUCACCACUGAGAGCCGGCAAAACAGCCUGCCGAACAGCAUCAUCUCCCAGUCCCAGAUCCUGCCGCCGGAUCAUAACUUGCUGGUGGUGUCGAAUCUGCGGCCGUCCACCUACUACAGGCUGGAGGUGCAAGUCAUCACGACCGGCGGGGAGGGCCCCGCCACCGUCAAGACCUUCCAGACCCCGAGCAUACUGCCCGUCAUACAGCAUCGACCCAGACUGCGGCAGCACCACUCCCACCACCAGAAGCCGUCGGUAGAGAGGCACUGAGCCUGCGGGUCGAGGCGAACCCGACGGGGGAGACGUACCGGUGGCCCUCUGCUCGCUCCUGUCUGUCAGCGAAGGAAUGUGUGGAACCAAACAGAAACGCCGCGCACCAGACCAUGAACUGACCCCCCCCCUCCAGCGCCCCCCCACCCCCACCUGGCUCAUGAAAUAUGGGUCUAUCUUCUCCAGGCUCCACAACAUGUCAGCUCCUCCCUCUGAACUCCUCUCCUGACUUAUAAGUCACCGGACGGCUUCGUCCCGUACAGUGAAAUUUAUACAGCGAGCUCUCAUAUUUAUCGCUGGUUCCUGACUCAUCCCCCUCCUCCUCCUCCUCCUCCUCCUCCUCCUCCUCCUCCAUUUCCCUCCCCAGCAGAAUUACUGUGAUCGAGCUGUCAUUGUGCACAAGGAACAGACUGUUAAUUUGAUUCGGUCAAAAUCUGAAAGCAGCACAUUUUCUCUGGGAUCCGGACUGAGGACGUCUUGAAAGGCCCGAACUUGUCAAAGCGAGUGUUCAUUCACGAAGAAAGGAAAAGUAGAAACCCAUUUAUUUAUUUUGUGUUUACCCAUGAAAGAGGCGCUUCGGCACGCAGUCCGUACCGAUGGAUCAUGUAACUAAAGUCGUCGUCGUCGUCUAACUCCCAGGCCUUCUCACCUAGUUCGUUGCAUGUCGCCCAUUUUGAUUUUUUAGAACUGUAAAUGAAUUACCUGCUUCAAAUUGUAAGCUUGUAAUGGUUUUGCAUGACAACCGUUAGCAUUCAGUUGGCAUGAGGUAACGUCUGUGUUAACUUCUUUUCGAUAUGUUAGCAACAUUUCAUUAACAGAUUAACAAAUAAAUAUAUUGGAGUAAUACGUAAUGUUUAUUAAUGAAAUUAUCACGUGUGUGGAAACGAUGAAUUGUACAUGUUCUUGGCUGUAGAAAUAUUUGUCGUGGAGCAGUCAGUGAAUGUCUAUAUUUAUUUAUGUGUGUAUUACAAAGUUUGGUUUGGAUGUGUGUGAAUGUGAAUGUUUGUUUUUUUUUUUGUGUGUUUUAGUCUCAAAUUUUUGAACCGACAAAAAAGGAAAAAAAAAAAUCUUGUAAAGACAUUUUGUAAAAAUGGAAUUGUAAAUACAGUCUUAUGUUACAUGUUAUUUUUCCAUGGUAGAAACUGUACAAACUGCUAAGUAAUAAAAUAAUCCUUAACCUGA